AUGGCAGAUCAAAGUAGUGUGGCGCGCCUUAUAGAGGAGCUCACCACGCCAGAUGGUUAUGGACGUCAUAUUGAUGGGAUUGUUGACGACGAGCUGGGGCAGCGCCUGGCCACGCUCAAGUCCAUGCUCAAAUUCGACGCGACGCUCGUCGCGCACGCCCACGCGGUGCUGUUCGAGCGCCUGGCAGCCCCCGAGGUCGAGCCGGCCAGCGACUGGCGGCGGGCCACGGGCAGCCGUGUUCCCUGUUAA